UCUAGAGGGCGGGGUGAUAGAAUAGGUGUGACUUUCCAACAAUGGCGUCUUUAGUGCAAGGGGAGGACAGUGAGAGUAGCGAGGAUGAGAUCAACACUGACAUGCUGCCGUCUCAUCCAAAAGGAAAAAUAAUGACAGGAGAAGAAGAGGAAGAUGAGGAUGAAGACAUUGAUAGUUCUGUACAGGAUCAGGGAAAGGAAGAGGGCGGGUCAGUCAUUAGUGGGGACUCACCUUCUCUUCUCCGAAAACCUCAAUGGGUGCCUCCUUCGUUGCUCCACAAGAGAUUAGGUGAUGCUAAUAUUAACCUCCGUAAGAAUAUUGUUGAUAGAAUAUUAAAACUGUAUCGACUAACGUGUCAAAAUUUGACCAUUGUCAAUGAUAAUUUGAGUAGAGCACAAGUUGUUAUAGAGAAAGUCAAUGCUAAUGUGAAGAAGAGUGAUCAUGAUUUAGCUCAAUUGAAAGCUAAUUUGGACGACAUUUUUGAAUCUGCCAAUUCGCUGGCACCAAAUCUAAAUGUUACUGAGAAAGGCAAUGUCUAAUUAAUAACACUUUGUGCGUGUGUGAAGUGUGUGUUUUAAAAAUUAUUAGUUUAUAUUCACAAUGCUUAAAAUUUUUUUUCAUAAUAAUAAGUUUACUUCCAUGGAUUCCCA